GCUCGAGACUCUACAACGGAGCGCGGAGCUCGCGCGUGUUGCCACAAGGAUCUCGGCUCUGACGGACCUGGCACGAGACAGUUAUUUUGUCUCUCGCAGACAAUAUUUAGGUGUUUAUUGCAAGUUUUUUGUUUUAUUUUCGGGUGACAAAGUGUUCUGUUUGCCUAAAGUGUUUUACUGGCAGCGUGUUUCAUGUGUUUUAUGUGUUUGCGCUCAACAGUGAGGUAGACUUGUACUCCCGUAGUUUUUUUCUUUUUUCUUUUUUUCUUGGAUUUUUUUUUUUCUUCUUUUUUUUCUUUCUUUUCUACAGCGUCUUUGCUUGUGAUUUAUCCCGCGGAUGGAUGCUGCCGGCGGGGUGGACAUUUGAGUCCAGCAGGAUCAACCUGUCUUAGGGCAUCAUGAAUUCUCUGGUUCUCCGCAAGUGGAUGAGGAAUWUCUCCCAUGAGAUGCUGCUGCUGCUCCUGCUGCCGCUGGUGCCGGUUUGGUGUUUUCUGCCUCUGACCGGAGCGGCUCCUUCGCUGACGACCGAACAGCUGGACAUGGGGGUGGACUGGCUGAGUAGGUUUGGCUACCUCCCGCCCCCCGACCCGGUGACCGGCCAGCUGCAGACCAAAGAGGCGUUGACCAAGGCCAUCAAAGCCAUGCAGAAGUUUGGAGGACUGAAGGAAACUGGAGUAUUAGACACAGCCACACUAGGUCUAAUGAAAACGCCCAGAUGCUCUCUGCCAGAUGUCUCUGAUCCCAACGUGACGGCGGGGCGCAGGAAACGAAGCUUGAACACACAGAACAAAUGGAAUAAGAGGCACCUGUCGUGGAGAGUGAGAACCUUCCCCAAGGACUCAGCCUUGUUGGGAAGGGACACAGUCCGAGCCCUCAUGUACUACGCCCUGAAGGUCUGGAGCGAUAUCGCACCUCUGAACUUCCACGAGGUGGCCGGCAGCGACGCAGACAUUCAGAUCGACUUCACCAAAGCAGACCAUAAUGAUGGAUACCCCUUCGAUGGGCCUGGGGGAACAGUGGCACACGCUUUCUUUCCUGGGGAGAGGUUCACAGCGGGUGAUACACACUUUGAUGACGACGAGGCCUGGACCUUUAGAUCUCCAGACUCCCAUGGGAUGGAUCUGUUUGCAGUCGCAGUUCAUGAGUUUGGUCAUGCCAUCGGCCUGGUCCACACCUCAGCUAUGGAAUCCAUCAUGAGGCCGUACUACCAAGGUCCUGUGGGAGACCCGCUGAAAUACGACCUGCCCUAUGAGGAUAAAGUCCGUGUCUGGCAGCUCUACGGUGUCAGAGACUCUGUGUCUCACACGAAUCAGCCAGGCAGCCCGUCUCAAACCCCUGAGCCUCCCGUCCUCCUCGACCUUCCUGAAAACAGAUCCACGCUCCUACUGGCGCAAGAUGCUCCGGACAGGUGCACCAGUCACUUUGAUGCUGUAGCCCAAAUCCGAGGAGAGGCUUUCUUCUUUAAAGGGAAGUACUUUUGGAGGCUAACAAGGGAAAAGCACCUCGUGUCUCUCCGUCCUGCUCACAUUCAUCGCUUCUGGAGGGGGCUUCCUCCCAAUUUGGAUAGCGUGGACGCCGUCUACGAGAGGCCAGGGGACCACAAAAUAGUAUUCUUCAAAGGUCAACAGUAUUGGGUAUUCAAAGACAAUAACGUUGAGGAGGGUUACCCACGUCCAAUUAGUGACUUUGGCCUUCCUGUGGAAGCAGUGGAUGCAGCGUUUGUUUGGUUACACAACGACAAAACCUACUUCUUCAAAGAUAACUACUACUGGCGCUAUGACGACCACCUGCGACACAUGGACCUUGGUUUCCCCAAAGACAGCACGCUUUGGAAGGGGCUGCCGCUCCAGCUGGACGAUGCUAUGAGGUGGUCUGAUGGAUCAUCCUAUUUUUUCAAGGGAAAAGAGUACUGGCGAGUGCCGGGCAGCGACAUGGAGGCGGAGGCAGGAUACCCCCGCCUGAUUGCCAAGGACUGGCUGCUCUGCACCGAGAUGCAGUCGGACUCUCCGGACACAGAAGCCAAAAGCACGGAGACGAGGGUCAACGUGCACCGGCACCCAGACCACGCAGAGAAUGGAUACGAGGUGUGCUCCUGCACCUCUGACACCGCCUCGCCUUUGGCUGUCCACUUACCCCCGUCUCCGGUUUGGCUGCUGCUGCCUUGUUGGACGCUCUUACUGACCUUCCGCAAUGAACUGCUAUGAUGCUGAAGCGCGGAGUUAAGUACUUGUGUUGAGUGCAAGAGAGAGACUAAUUAGCAGAUGCUCUGCAAGAAAGAAAGAAAAAUAACUGGAAGGAUUGGAUCAUAUAAAUACGGUUUAUUUAGUUUGUUUUGUUCUCUUUAUUUCUCUUUUUUUUUCCUGGGAGUUAUUUAUUUCACAUGCCAUCUUAUGGCCACUUAAAGAGCUUUGCAGUAGCCGUUUUAUGAACAAUUAUCAGUUAAUAUCCACUGACAGUGACAGUAUUAGAUGUUUCAUAAGCCGAGUUGCACAGAAAUACAAGUUAGCUUCACUUUCCAAAUGGCCUCAUUAAUACUGAGAGGGCUAAGAAGAGGGGAAUAAGUGGUUAUAUCAUUACAGAUUUAAUGGCGACUUACUUUGAGGUAUUCAGUUUUAUGAAUAAGAGCUCGUGGCUCAACCUGCUAGGGUUUGAGAGCAUUCACGUCAACACUGACAGAGAUUUGGAAAUUACAGCUUCUUAUUGACAAAAUAAAAGCUGAAUCUUUUAUAAAAUGGGAUUUAAAGCAAUUUUAUUUAUCAGAGCAUAAUGCUGUAAUGCUGAUACUGCAAAUGUUUGCUUAUUGGUGAUUUGUGUAGUUAGUUAAAAUGCAGCUUAAAUUAGAAAGAUAAGCAUUCAUUCACAAUGCUGAUUAUCGUUCAAAGAUACCUCGAUCUUCUUUAGGCUUUGGGUAGUUACUGGCAUGUAGGGCUUAAAAAGUUAUGGUUUCAAAACCUCCUUUCUAUCAUCCUAAUCCUGCAUUAUGACGUUUCUUUUUUUAGAUACGUUUUUGAAGCAAUAUGAGGCAUAGCAGUACUGGCCCUCCCCCACUUGUUGCUUGUUGAAUUCUUUUAGCCAAACUGAUAAGACAUUCUUUGUAUCGAUCUGCUUCACCAGCCGAUUUUAAAACCGUUGGAAUAAUUUUCAAACAACUACAAGACCUAGAAAGCAUGCUAAAAAAAGAAAAUAAAACAUUUUUGAUCCUACUUCACAACAAAAAUCUAUAAAUUCACUCCAUUGUUGGUGGAGCUACAGCAGACUAAGUCCCAAGGUAUUUGUUGUUUUGAUACUACCAGCAGGCUCAACCAACCUAAAUCUGCAUAGAAACACAAACACAGUUCUGCUUUAAAAACAGCACUAAACAUAAAAGUCUUUUGUAAAAUUGUAUUCUGUUAUAUAUGCAAAUUUCCUCAAAAGUAACCUUAUCUCCCUGAAAGCGGUCAAAAACAGAUAACGCAGGCCUUCUUUGGUUCUCAUAUUCCACCACUCUGAGAAUAUAGUUCCUUAUUUUAAAAUAUAAAUUAGCUUUUGUUGACAAUAACUACACAAAACCUCUCAAUCUACCAAAUCUAAACUGUGUUUAUUAUGACCAUUUCUUCAGUAAAAAAAAAAAAACACGAAAACAAAACCCCACCUUCUCAACCCAAAGUAACAAAAUGCUGUCACGACAGAGACGCUCGGUGGAUUCGGUUGUUGCGGAGGGGUUUGUUUAUCCAAAACUAUAGCCUCUCGAUGUCCAAGUGUGCAUCCUCAAACUCCUUUAAUAGUUUGACUUGCAUGUUCUGAAGCUAUCUCAAGCGAGCACACGUUUACCGUUGGCCUGCACUGUCAUCCAAACUGGAUCCAUAUUUGUCUCCGUUUGAUUGAACGAAGCUGUCGGCUUACCCCUGAGGUUAGCUGUAGCAUGGAAUCGAGGGGCGAUGCCAGGAGGUGAGUUGCCUUUUUUAAUGGAAUCACUUCUCUUUGAAGUCUUUUGAAGGGUGAACUAGAUAAGAUUUGAUCAGCGUAUGCCAUGACGACUUUAAAGUUUUAUGAUAAGAUGUUAAAGAAGCAGAAUGCAGCUGAUCCACGUGUGAGUGUUGCCCACUAGAAGUCCUCUAUAGGCUACAGCAGCUGUCGACUCCAACCAGCAUAUCUGCUAAAUAACUGUAAAUCUGAGCUAAUUUAUUACCAACACAAUAAUGAACAAAACAGCAACAAAAGGUGUAAUAUCUUGAAUCCAGAACCAAAAUGACGAUAAAUAAAUCCUACAGAUAGUGUUGCCAUACUUGUAAUUCUGAACUUGUUCCAUUAUUUUGACAGCAGCAGGAAUAAUUGUAGCUUCUGCGCUUCCAAUAAAUCUAUCUUCUGAAAAAGCUGUAAUUUCUAGGAUGUUUGAUCAAGUUGAAAGUGAAUACUCUCAGAUGAAAGCUAGAUUUGUUCUGUAUAGCCAGUCUUCAUAUAUAUGUAUAUAUAUAUAUAUAUAUAUAUAUAUAUAUAUAUAUAUAUAUAUAUAUAUAUAUAUAUAUGCCAGUCUACAUGGACAGCAUCUUGGAAAAGUAUUCGUUUGACAAAGUGUUUCACGCCUUUCAUUGGGAUUUUCUGUGACAGACCACUACUAAAAGAAAUGUAGAAACCCGUAUUUGGCUCUCAUGAGAAAUUACUCUAUCCAGUCACCUUUCAUCUGCAAAUAUUUUGUAAUAGCUCUUUCUGAACAGAGGUGGACAACUUCAUAGUGAAAUAUUACACAGUUUUUCUCAGCAAAUUAGCCUUAAACUCUGUCAGAUUGGUUGCAGAGUGUCUGUGAACGUCAGUUUUCAUUGCCACAUUUUUUACUUUUUUAAGAUGGGAGUAAUCUCUGAUCUAAAGUACUCUAUUAUAGCAAAGGCUGCACACUUAUAAUUGUUUUAUGAUUUAUGGGUAACCUCUGCCCCAAACCCAACUAUUUUUUAUUCUCUUAACAUGUUAAUUUUAAGAAUUGGAUUUCGUAUAGCUCAAUAGAUUUCUUUUCACCUCUGACCAGCUUCCCUGUCCCACAGCAUGAUGAUGACACCUCGUUUUGCAAAAUGGGGAUGGUGUUUUCCAGAUGAUGUGCAGCGUUUGUUUUCCACCCCACACCGAGUUUUGAGCGAUGCCCUAAAAGCUUAAAUUUGGUCUUGCACGCCUUGCCUUUAAACAGAAUGUCCUAUUUCUUUCUUUCAACCAUGACUUUCUUCUUGCCACUCUUCUGUAAGGGCUAGAUUUGUUGGGUGCAUUCCUAUUGUCAAAAGCCAAGGUUUCUUCCCAUCCUUUCCAUGCCCUGCCUGUCAGUUUGGGUAGAUGUCCACGUCUCAGUAUGUUUGCAAAUGGUUUCCUUCCCAUUCUGCACUUUUCACUAGUUCACGUCGAUCUAUCACACAAAAACUCAAUGAAAUGCAUUUAAACUUUGUGGUAGCAUGAAAAAGUUCAAGGGGUAUGACUAUUUUUCUAAGACACCAAAUAAGCCGGGUUGAGAUUCAGAUCAGCCGAUCCCAGAGGAAGAGACGGGAUCCCUAUUAAUCUGAAUAUAGACUCCCACCAGGGGAAGAGCGACAUCCCGAGGUGUCAUUGUUCGACAGGCGACUGACACUGCAGCGCCCGUCUGUGCAGGCAGGUGUAAUGUACUUUGGGAUGUAUUGCAGAGAGAUGGUUGGGUUGACAGAUCAAUGGCUCUGUGGGAGCUUGACGUGUUGAAGACACAUGAGUGGCGUGCUGGUUUUCAACAGGUACACGCACAGUCAAGAGGAAGACAAGGGAACAUGGGAUGUGGGGGAGGAAGACGACAAAUGAAUGUCGGACAGAACAUUCAAAACCAAGAUUCCUGCUGUUGCUUAUUGACAUUCUUCUUGCUUUCUAUCCGUUUCCUGCACUCCCCCAUCACACAGGUGGUACCUCCCCUGUUCAGAUUUCUCACCCCUGCCAUAACCAGAGGUAGUAUUGGUUUGCUGUAUUUUUUAUUUUUUUGUAUUAAGUAUGAAUAUAUUGUGAGCUAUUGCUUUGACGAGACGACAUCCCGUGGAGCAUUUCCGACACAAACCCAAGCUCCGUUUGACGACAUCUAUCGCAGACCUCACAAAGGCAGCAGAUUUGUUAUUGUUGCUGAUAUAUUUACCUACAAGUUUAAAUAUAGACAGAUAUAUUUGAGUCACAAUGUUCCAUGGUUACUGCAAACCAAGUGGACUGUGUAUAUUUCAAGCUGUGUUUUCUAAUGUAAAAUAUUUUUGUAGAAAAAAAACAAGAAAAUAAAGAUUCUGAAUGGUU